AUGGUUCAAGGGAGGGUCUUUCAAGCUGAGACCCAGCUGCAGGUGCAGCUUAUGGAGGCUUCGAUAUAUUCGUUGCUGGCCGGUGAGGGCCCCCACGUGCUAUUCAACGUGCCCGCACCGCGAGAGAUCCCUUGGCCCAACAAGAUCGCGCCUCCUCCAUCUGCUCCCACUUCCUCCGAUGACGAGGUUCAGGAAGACCUCGAUGUUUGGCUUGGCCCGAGCUCCACCCUGCCGGGGAAAUUGUCCGGCCGGGAAGCCAGGCUGAAGAUUUCGCUCGACAACAUCAGCUCGUCUGCGAGCCACCAAAGCUCACGGCAUUGUGUACGACUCAGUGAUUAUCUUCGGUUACAGCUGAGUCCUUUCGCAGAAAAAGAAGGAGCAGCGGUCCGACCUCAGCUUUCAUUUGGAAGCGCACUCCAUGUCGGCGAUGGUGUCAACGCCUUGUGCAGGGUCUGCAGUUUCCACAAGCCCCCACUCCGCCAAUGCUCGAAGGGUGCACUUUGCGACUACUGCCACCUGCAUGAUGGACGGCGCAACAGGUCAAACUGUUUGGUGUGGCUUGAAAUCGAACGCUUCGAGAUAGCGUUCUUGAAGGAAUCCGUUUGUGACGGUUACGUGCACUGCAGCGGGCACGAUGAGGCUAAAGGGCAGUUGGCAUUGGCCAACUUUGAGGCAAUUCUCGUUGCAUAUUCCUUGUCUACGGGCGCAGCUGAGAAGCUUGCUGCAUGUGUGAUUUUUUACUACUUGCAAGAGAACUCCACCUGCUUUACAGACUUCACGGUUUCUGGCAUCAUGAACGUCAAGCCUGGAGUGGCUGCGGUUUUGCUGCCGGGCCCCAAGACACAAGCAAUUGGAGCCAUUGGCAACAUGGCAGUGCUGCCGGUGUUGCCCUUCUUCGCCGUGCAGCAGCUGGGCGCAUCAGCUUUGGAGGUGGCGCUUCUGGCCUCGUGUUUCAACUUCACGCAGAUGGUCUUCGCCCCCUGCGUCGGUGCGAUCUCAGACCAUUUCGGGCGGAAGUAUGUGAUGCUCGGGGGCCUCUUGCUGCAGGCCUUGUCGAACUCCUUUCAAGCAGAGGCCGACUCUCCUGCAGCCUUGCUGCUGGCUCGGGGCUUCGUGGGCUUGGCGACGAGCACCGGUCCGGUCGAGAUGGCUUACAUCAUGGACUACACGCGCGACGAGCAGCAGCUUAGUUACAUCCUGGCCUUGCAGAGAGUGGUGUGCAACGGCGGCGCGCUCCUGGGCCCCGUGCUCGCACACAGCUUCCAGGGCUACGGCUUUCCGGCCUUCUGCCGAGGCUUCGCCUGCAUCAACUUGCUUUGCCUCUUUUUGGGAUCCCUGCUCUGGGAGAACUACUCGCAGUCCCUCCCUGACGAGGCAUGUGGAUCCACUCCGCUGAGCAUUCAGCGCUCUAGGUCAGACCUCUCCAAAAGUGGACAAGGUCGCAUUCCAGGGGAGCACUACCUUGCUGUGCUGUUCCAUGGCGGUGUUUGCUACCUGCUUGGGGCAUCCUUCGGCUUCAGCUUUGCCUUGGGUGUCAGUGAGGGCCCCGAACCGCUGUUUUUGAAGGAGCGCUACUUCUUUGGACAGACCGAGUUUGGCUGGUUCUUCAUGGUGUCGAACGCCUCGACCUUGAUGUGGUCUCCGGUGAUCCCCAUGUUUAUUUCCUAUGUGGGGGCGCGAAUAGCGUGCGCCUGUGGCUGCUUGGGUUCUGCCAGCGCCGGCGUCCCAGGACGCCCAGAUGUUUCUCGAGGUAAUCCCAAGGCUCACAGCAGUUUACGGAUGGCUAGUGGCUGCUCGUGGGUGACUACAAAUGGGAUCUGCUUGGCAGCUUUGGACUAG